AUGAGAAGAAGAAGAAUGGGCAUCAUAAGCUUAGACUCAACUUUGAGCCUUCCAAUGGCUACUCAAAACCCUAGGGUUGUAGUUGAAGAAAUUGGUGGCCUAAUUAGGGUUUACAAAGACGGACACGUGGAAAGACCCCAUAUCGUUCCACGUGUCAUGUGUACGUUACCUCCUGAACUAGGGGUAACAUGUAGGGAUCUGGUGAUCGACAAGUUUACAAAGGUUUGGGCGCGUUUUUAUGUUCCAAAACGCAAUGAGAAGCUUCCCUUACUCGUUUAUUUCCAUGGAGGAGGGUUUUGUGUUGGUUCGGCCGCAUGGAGUUGUUACCACGAAUUUCUCGCAAUUUUAGCUACUAAAGUUGGUUGUGUGAUCAUGUCGGUAGAUUACCGUUUAGCCCCUGAGAACCCUCUUCCGGCUGCCUAUGAGGACGGCCAAAAGGCUUUGAUGUGGCUGAAACAACAAGCUCUAAGCGCGUCAUCCAACAAAUGGUGGUUGAACCACUAUUGCGAUUUCUCAAGCGUGUUUUUGGGUGGCGAUAGUGCUGGCGGCAACAUAGCACAUAACGUGACGUUAAGAUUGGGUGCCGAUUGGGCACAGUUAAAACCAUUAAUCUUGAAAGGUAACAUUCUAAUCCAACCCUUUUUUGGUGGAGAAGCAAGAAUGAGUUCCGAAAAGUUCAUGGUCCAACCACCGGGGUCUGCGCUCAACUUGGAGGCCUCGGACACGUACUGGAGACUAUCGUUACCGAAGGGGGCAAACCGGGACCAUGAAUGGUGCAACCCAGGGGCAAAAAGGUCAAUGAAGUGGGAAAGAAUGAGGUAUAUGGUAUGUGUAUCAGAAAUGGACAUUUUGAAAGAUCGGAAUAUGGAAUUUGGUGGGUUGUUGAGGAAUAUAGGCAUAGAAGUAGAAGAUGUGGUGUACAAAGGUGUUGGUCAUGCAUUUCAGAUUCUGGACAAGUCUCAAGUUUCACAAGUGCGAACUCAGGAAAUGAUUGCUGACAUCAAAGCAUUCAUUAACAUUAACAUUAACAUUAACAGGAAUAGAAGAUGAUGUCUCUCCAUAAAUUAAUUACAACUCUUGUAA